AUGAGCUUAGUCGAACUGAAAGAGCUUCAAAAGCUAGAAGGCCACACUGAUAGGGCGUGGUGUGUCUGUUGGGAAGCCGGGCACCGGCGUCGCGGUGUCCCGGCCAUACUCGCAUCUUGCGGCGGUGACAAGGCGGUCCGUAUUUGGGAACAGAAUCCGGCCACCGGCUCGUUCGAGUGCAAGGUAGUCUUAGAUGAGACGCACACGAAGACAGAUAUUGUGCAUGGUCUCCCUCAGGAAAAAUGCUCGCAACUGCCAGUUUUGAUGGGGCAUGGAAACGAAGUAAAAUCUGUUGCCUGGAAUGCAAACAGCACACUGCUUGUUACUUGGGCACGAGACAAGACAGUUAUGCUAUGGGAGAUUAUGCCCGAUUAUGACUAUGAUUGCCUAGGUAUGCAGGAGUCAAAACAUGGACAUGUACAUGACGUAAAAAUGGUUGAGUUUCAUCCAAAUCUGGAUAUUCUAUUCUCUUGCAGCUAUGAUAACUCUAUUAAGGUUUGGGCAGAGGUUGAUGAUGUUUGGGAUUGUGUUCAGACGUUAGAUGAAGCUAACAACAAUGAACACAUAUCCACUGUGUGGGCUCUUUCAUUCAAUGCAACUGGAGACAGAAUGGUAAGUUGUAGUGAUGAUCUUACCUUAAAAAUUUGGGGCGGUGAUGGGUUUGGGCCUUGGAGACAUAUCCGCACUCUUUCGGGUUCUCAUGAUCGAACCAUAUUUACAGUUGAUUGGUCAAGAAGAGACGGAAUUGAUAGAGUAUGUAAUUAA